AAAUAAAAAAACAAAUUUACAAGUUAUUGAAUCGGCUAUUCAAGUUGCAAGUAAUGAUAAAUUGGAAAUAUUAUCACAAAUUAAUAAAAAUACUAAAAAGUAUAAUAGUCCAAACAAAGAAAAUAUAAUUAGUUCUAAAAAUAAUGAAGAAUAUUUUACUGCAUCUAAUUUUAUUAAACUUACCUCUGGCAAUAAUAUAACUACUUUUGCAAAUCAUGAAUCUUCAGAUUCUACAAGUAAUAUAGAAUCUGAUACAAUGUCUAGCA